AGGUGUUCGGUGGGGCUGGCCGUGAUUUGCCGCGUAAAAAUAGCAGUGCCAUUCUAAUUCGGUGUCAUAACUUGUGACAACUACAAAGAAACCAUGGAAGCCAAAGAAUUCAAGGAAUUCGCUAAGGCGAUGACAGACUACGUUGCUGAUUAUUUGGAAAAUAUAAGAGACAGGCCGGUGGUACCAUCCGUUCAGCCCGGGUACCUCCGCCCGUUGGUACCGGAGCAGGCGCCCGAGAAGGCGGAGCCGUGGACGGCGGUGAUGGCUGACAUCGAGCGCGUGGUGAUGUCGGGGGUGACGCACUGGCACUCGCCUCGCUUUCAUGCCUACUUCCCCACUGCCCAGUCCUACCCGGCCAUCGUGGCUGACAUGCUCAGUGGGGCGAUUGCGUGCAUCGGAUUCACCUGGAUCGCCAGCCCGGCGUGCACCGAGCUAGAAGUUGUGAUGUUGGAUUGGCUCGGCCAGAUGCUGGGUUUGCCGGAGGAGUUCCUCUCCCGGUCCGGCGGGGAGGGCGGCGGUGUUAUCCAGGGUACCGCAAGUGAGGCCACCCUAGUGGCUCUUUUGGGCGCGAAGACCCGCAUGCUUCACCGAGUAAAGGAACAGCACCCUGAAUGGACCGAUAAUGACAUCAUCCCCAAGCUCGUUGGAUAUUGCAACAAACAAGCCCAUUCGUCGGUGGAGCGAGCGGGACUUCUGGGUGGAGUUCAGCUUCGCACUCUUAAGCCGGACAACAAGAGGCGAUUAAGGGGAGAUAUCUUGAAAGAAGCUAUCGAAAAAGACAUUGCUGAUGGGCUUAUUCCAUUUUACGUGGUGGCCACUCUCGGUACAACAUCGUCCUGCACAUUCGACGAUCUGGAGGAGCUCGGUGACGUGUGCAACGAACACGGAUUAUGGAUGCACGUGGACGCCGCGUACGCCGGGUCGUCCUUCAUCUGCCCGGAAUACCGUUACCUCAUGAAAGGAAUCGAAAAGGCCGAAUCCUUCAACUUCAAUCCUCACAAGUGGAUGCUCGUAAACUUCGACUGCUCCGCGAUGUGGCUGAAACAACCGCGAUGGAUCAUCGACGCGUUCAACGUAGACCCCUUGUACCUGAAACACGACCACCAGGGUUCCGCCCCGGACUACCGCCACUGGCAGAUACCGUUGGGCCGCCGUUUCCGAGCUCUGAAGCUGUGGUUCGUGCUGAGAUUGUACGGGAUAGAGAAUCUUCAAAAGCACAUCCGGAAUCACAUCGCCCUCGCUCAUUUGUUCGAGAAGCUUUGCCUGUCGGAUGAUAGAUUCGAGUUAUUCGAGGAGGUGACCAUGGGCCUAGUCUGCUUCAGGUUGAAGGGAGACAACGAGAUAAACGAAGCCCUCCUGAGGCGUAUCAACGGGCGCGGAAAGAUUCAUCUGGUACCGUCGAAAAUUGACGACGUCUACUUCCUUAGAUUGGCGAUUUGCUCGCGAUUCACAGAAGAAAAGGACAUUCACUUCUCUUGGGAGGAGGUCAAGGCAUCGGCCGAUGAAGUCCUCGCAAAGAAUUAAUGACCCGACGACAAAUAUCUAAAUGAACCUGUUGAAAUGACAAUUGAUGAAUAUUAUUGUCUUUAGAAAAUUUCAUUAGCAACUAAUAACACACUAUAGAUCUAUAGUGUGUUAUUAGUUGUUACUCUAGCCCCAAUUUUACCAACGACUGUUAAAGUUAACGCUCGAAUUAGUAUCACGUUACCUCU